AUGAAACGCUCGUCUCUAAAUGCUCAGAAGCGUGAAGAGUUGGUACACCAAGAGAGUAGUUAUUUGUUUGGUGAAGACAAGAUGGUGAGUUUGAAACUGUGAGCUAGGGUUCAUAGCUUUAGAAGAGGAACCCCUCCCUCCGGCAGCGAUAAUGGUGAGGUUGCCGAGAAAGAGAAAAAGGCUGCGCCUUUCCUCCUCCGUCAAAUUGUUUUUUUUUUUCAGACCAAAGUCAGGAGCAAGUGGCAUAGCUUGUUAGAUGACCACUAG